UUACACGAACAGGCCAACCUCGCCUUUCCAACGAGAAGAAGAUGCAGUCAGCCGCCGCGUCGAACCGGCGUGCCAGCAAUUUUUUUUUCCUUUGUAAACACUUUCCGCCUGUGUGGUGUGACCACGACGGUCAUGUGACGUGUGUGUGUGCCGUCGAGCAUUGAGGUCAACCCGCCGCAGGCUGGAGAAGAUGGAAGAAGAUCAGGAGCCGUGUCAGGAGUCGUCUGAGGCCGCAGACGUCCUCAAAGCACCUCAGAAAUGUCAAAUCAAGCGCUACAGCGAGAUCUUCAGAGACUUUGACAACCUCGAGUUGUCUUUUAUCCCCGACGACAAGGACGAGCUGCUGUCCGACACUUCGGAGUUCGGCUCAGAGCGCAACACCGGGGAGAGCACGGAACUCGCAGAGCAACAUCAACCGUCUGAAAGCUGUGUAAGCGUUGAAGGUGAUGGAAGCUCAUCAGCUCACGAGGCCGACCUGGCGCUGUGCCGCUGCGAGGACGGCGUGGAGACGGCCCUGCAGUACGCCAAGAUGUGGUGCCGCUACGCCAAAGACCUCCUGGCCUGGGUGGAGAAGAAGCUCACCUUGGAACAAGAAUUUGCCAAAAAUGUCAUAAAGACAUCUGAAGCAGCAAAAGCCAGUUUGGCAGCGCAGGAAACGAUGCCGCUGCAGUAUAUCUACACCAUGGCUCUCGAACAAGACCUGAAGAACAGUUCGAGUUCCAAAAAGACUUCGGACCUGGUGCAAAAGCGCUGUUACCAAGCCUUGGCUGCCAAGAGGAAUGAGAUUGAUAAGUGGCGGCGGGAAUUCAAGGAGCAGUGGGUGAAGGUGCAGAGGAAGAUGAACGAAGCGGUGACGGCGCUGAAAAAGUCUCGUCAGCAAUACUUCCAGCGCUGCGACGAGCUGGAGAAGGCCAAAGCGGUCACAGCUAAAACCGUGGACGACACGGGUGGCAACAAAACUCUGGACAAAAGGAGGAAGUCCAAGGAUGAAGCCCAAACAAAGGUGAUGGAGUCCGAGCUCUUGUACAAGCAAUGCGUGCACGACGCCAAGAUCCACCAGGAUGAGCUCGUAAAGGUCAAAGAGAGAAUUAUCUCUCACACCCGCAAGAUCAUCUGUCAGGGAGACACGGUGCUCAAGCAGGUCACGGUCAACAUGUUCUACUACCAGCGGCAGCAGACCGAGCCGGUGCCUCUGGGGUAUCACAACCUGGAGCUAACGUGCCGCUCCUUGGAACCCGGCGAGCCCUACCUGAUGUACGUCCGCGGCAUGCCCUGCCGGGAAACUCCGCUGCAGAUCUUCUCCUUCCAGGAGUACGUGCCUCAGGGAAAAAGGAACAAGCGGAAAACCAGCAACCCCCUCAGCACCCUGCAGGUCUCCUCUCCUCACACAGACGACAGUUCUUACAGACAACCCAGUGACUCCAGGAGAUUUAUCUUCAGUGACAGUGAAAGUGUCGGCGGCAGUUUCGAAUCUCUGUCCAGCCCUGCUCACUGUCCCAGGGGGCGUCACAGAACAACAUACAACUUGCUCGCGGACGACUUGGAUGACCGCGAUGUGGCGUCUGAAUCUGAGUGCCUCGACGGGCAGCAGGUCAAAGUUCGCACCCCAUCCCGGGCAGCGCUAACUCAUCGACUCAGGAAGCUGAAGAGCAAGAUGGUGAAAUGCAAGCAGUGCGACAACUACAUUUACGUCAACGGCGUGGAAUGUGAGGAGUGCGGGCUGGGUUUGCACAGGAAGUGUAUGGAGGUGUGUCAGAUGGAGUGCGACAACAACAAGGGGGCGGUGUUUGGCGUCCCCCUGUCCUCGUUGCUGCCGGACACGCCGGACGACGUCCCCUUUGUGGUGCGACGCUGCACCGCCGAGAUUGAGAGUCGUGCGCUCUCUUUGCAGGGGGUGUAUCGGGUGAGCGGCUCCAAGCCUCGCGUCCAGAAGCUGUGCCAGGCCGUGGAAGAGCUCAAAGAGCACGUGGACCUCUCGGAGGUGUCGCCGCACGACAUCACUUGUAUCCUGAAGCACUUCUUCAAGGAGCUUCCGGAGCCCCUGCUGACGUUCGAGCUGUACUACGAGUUCAUCGCGGCGGGGAGGAGCAUCCAGCACGUGGGCGAGUGGGAAUCGUCGCAAGAGACUAACGAGUUCAUGGACGUUGUUCGGAACCUGCAGCGGCUACUGCAGAAACUCCGUCCCUGUAAUUACAGCACUUUACGGCACCUCGUAGUCCAUCUGCAUAAGGUUUCUAGAAACAACGAGAACAAGAUGUCCGCCAGCAAUUUGGGCAUUGUCUUCGGUCCGACUCUCCUACGCCCCCUGGUGUGCACGGAGCAACCCACAGUGGCCCUGCAGGAAAACACCUACCAGGCGUUUCUGGUCGAAUUCCUCAUCUCACACAACGACAAGAUCUUCGUCCUCCCGCAGAGAGCCGGGACGCCCAAGCCACCUCCGCCCCCCACAUGCCCGCUUCCAGACACCCCACCCAGGCGCGCCUGUACCCUGGAUGGGGACUUUGACGCCAGACCUGAGCAAGGAACCUCCUCCAGGGAGCGCCCUUACUCGCUAGAAAGCGAAAGAAUGAAGAGAGAGUCGAGCGAGGGUUAUAUAUCUGACAAGUCUUCGUCCAAUGAAGCGGUGGACCAGCUCGGCCCCGAAGCCAAUGACAGAGCAGUCCUGGCUAUGAGCGGACCGCUGUCUCAUUACGACCCAAAGCGGGACUUUGCCUCGGACAAGCCGCACUACCGCUUCACCAGGCAGCCUGUCAAGUACCAGCGCCAUCACAACCCGAGAGGCCGAGCUUCCGGCCAGAGCUGCGACGCCAGACGGCCCGCGGCGCCUGGCGGGGAGCCUCCGGGAAGCGCCGACAGCAGUCGCAGCUCCUCCCCGGAGCGAGCCGCGCGCGGCCCGCCCCGGAGCCCCGAGGACGUUCCGCCUCUCAGCCCGCGGGACGUCGUGCAGUACAUGCUGGGACUGGAGCCGGUGGCCUCCGCCGCGGCUGAGCUCAACGCGGACGGUUACGGUACCGGCGCGCAGAGUACGGCCUCGUACCGCUCUCCGAAGCCUCUUCCUGCAGAGCACCACUUCGCCUCGCCCGCGCAGAAGAUCCUCUCGGGUCUGAAGCUGAGACGCAGUCAAUCGGGCAAGGAGGAACAACUUUUUGUCUGAGGAACAAUGGCAGCGCAAGCACGUAAUAUGGAUUUAGUUACCAAUAUUGGCUCGCCUGUUAUUACAAACGCAUCAAUGUCUUGUCACUGGGGUGGUACUGCUUUUGUAGCCUUCACACUUCAGGAAACAGAGCUUUUUAUUCACUUUUGCACCUGAAAAAGGAACAAGCACUCACUAUAAUGAGCCCUGUGUGGUAUAGUAGUCUAGUUUGUACCUAGGUACACACAUAACGAUAAUUUGAAUUAUUAUGCCUUCUUUCCCAUUAAAAUCAGACAAGACAAAUUA